AUGGCCUAUCUGGGUACUAAUGGCGAUUCGGACGCGACUGAGCAACAAUUGCUGCGUUUGGGCUGGCUUCUGCUCCAGUUCGAGGAGGAUUACGAUUCCUGUGAUGGAGGCUCUUUAACCAUGACGGACUGUCAACGGCUAGUUGUUGGCACGGCAACCAUGUGCCACCUCAUAUCGAACUAUACCAAAUGGGCUUCGCUGCAGUAUAUCGCGGUGCACACAAAGACCUCUUAA